UCAUUUUGCCAUCCAAACAUCAUUGCUACCAUGUCAGGCAGCAGCUGGUCCUUAUGUGGGAUUAAGUGAUGCUGGAUCCACACCUGUAACCUUUGACAGAGGAGCUUAGGAGGAUGCCUAACAGCAGCAUAACCCAGCAGAACCAUUCCACCAACGGGACACUGCCAGACACCUCAGAGAGGCUCCUCACUGUUCUCAUAGCCCUAUACAUCAUCAACCUGGCUGGCGGCACCCUCGGGGUCAUCAUGAUGUCUCAUCAGUUGUUUCGAAGGAGAUCGCAAUCUGUGAUGACCAUUAUUAUAAUCAGCCUUCUGGUGCUGCACACCUUUAUGCUGCUCAGCAUCCCCUUCCGCCUCAGCUACUACAUCUUACAGGAGUGGAAAUUUGGGAGGUUCGCCUGCAAGCUGGCGAGUGCCAUCAUCUACAUCCACAUGUACAGCACCUUCGCCUUCUACGUGGCUAUCAUCACCAUACGCCUCUUCAGACUCGAGUUUAGGAAGUGCUACACUACAACCUGGGUGGCUACUGUCUGGCUGGUGGGAGCCCUGGUGAUCACACCUGUCCUUCUCUCGUACUACGGCACCUCUAAGACGUACCGCUCCUCCGAAUGCUUUCAGUUCCACAAGGAGAUCCAAGAGGUGCCCAUGGUCAUCAUCAACUACUGCAUGGUUGGGAUUUUGGUGGUGGUUUGUGCUGUGCUCACCGUAAUCCAGUUGUCUGUGAUCUAUAGACUGGCUGUGAAGUACUGGCCUGAUAUCAACUCCCGUGUGGAAUUCAGGGCUCAGGCAAAGAGUUUCUUCUUCAUCUUGGUAACUUUAGUGUGCUUCAUGCCUCAUCAUGUAUUCAGAGUAUAUUACAUCCGAAACUGCCACCUGGAUAAGGACCACAAACUACUCCCAUACAACGAAAUUUUUUUAGCUUUAACAACAAUGUGCUGCUUAGAUAUGUUGUGCUUCAUAGCAGGAAUAGCCCACUGAACUGUGAAGUGCCAGGAAAUCCAGCUGCAGUGUGUCAAUCCUGGCUUCUGGCUUAAAUAAAACUCCAUCGGGACUUUGCUGAGCUGGGAAGACCGCUGAGGCUUCGGCACGGCUGUGUAGCUCUGUAGCAUUGUUUAUCUUUGGCAGACCAUAAGAUCCAUCUUUCAUAAGCUACUGGAUUUUAUCUUCUCUGUUGAAGGCAGGCAUAUGGGCCUUACUCUAGUCUUUGACCUAAGUCAUGCCCUGCUUCAUAAAGAUUUUCCUCAAUUACCCUUAUUUAAGAACGACAACACAAGUAU